AUGUCUAGACUUGUUUCUCGUGUUUUGUUUGGUGCUCGUUUAACGCUCGCAAGUAAAGGAACCCAGAUCUUAAGUAAACCAAGUAUUAUUAGACAUCUUACUACUUCAACUUGGUUCUGUUCAUCUCAAGUUGACCGUCAGCUCAACCAGUUUCUGACCAAUGAGAUUAAACAAGAAAAGGCAAAUGCUUUCUUCUGCGAUCCCCCUGAAGGGUUUAAAGUAGUAAAAACCAAUGGAUGUGAAGUCGUUAUACGCAAAGAAUAUCAAGAUGGAGUUUUCGUCGACGUGGAGAUUAAUUUGGCUGGUAGUGUUACUCCUAGUAUUUCCGAAGAUGAAAUGAGUACUACGGAAAAGAGUGAGGAUGAUACUGCUUUGGAGGCUCAUCCUGAUUUGCGUAUUAAACUCACAAAACCUAGUGGUCGAAGUCUGGUUUUCAACUGCAGUCUUCCGGGCCAUGACGCUGAAAAACAACUUUCUGAAGAUGAGUCGAAUGAUCUCCCUACUUAUUCCGUGGAUUCAGUUGAAAUUGAACGCAUCCCAGGCUAUUUCGUGUAUACUGAUUUAUUUGAUGACGAUAUGUAUAAUCAUACAAUGCAAUUGCUGGUAGAACGAGGACUAGACGCAGACUUUCAACAAGAAUUGCAAAACUUCUGUACUUCAGAAGAGCACAAGUUAUAUUUGAAGUUUUUGGAUGAAUUCCAGAACUAUUGCAAAGACUAA